AGACACGCAGUAGCAGCAGCAGCAGCAGCAGCAGCAGCAGCAGCAGCAGCAGCAGCAGCAGCGCCUGUGGGAAAAACUAGAGGCUAGAGCCAUGGAUGACCAGCGCGACCUCAUCUCUAAUCAUGAGCAGAUGCCCAUGCUGGGCCAGCGUGCUAGAGACCCAGAAAGGUGCAACCGUGGAGCCCUGUACACUGGCGUUUCUGUCCUGGUGGCUCUGCUCUUGGCUGGUCAGGCCACCACUGCUUACUUCCUGUACCAGCAGCAAGGACGCCUAGAUAAGCUGACUGUCACCUCCCAGAACCUGCAACUGGAGAACCUUCGCAUGAAGCUUCCGAAAUCUGCCAAACCUGUGAGCCAGAUGCGGAUGGCAACUCCCUUGAUGAUGCGGCCACUGCCCAUGGACAACAUGCUCGGGCCUGUGAAGAAUGUUACCAAGUAUGGCAACAUGACCCAGGACCACGUGAUGCACCUGCUCAUGAGGUCUGGACCCCUGGAGUACCCACAGCUGAAGGGGAGCUUCCCAGAGAAUCUGAAGCACCUCAGGAACUCUAUGGACGGUCUGGACUGGAAGGUCUUUGAGAGCUGGAUGAAGCAGUGGCUCUUGUUUGAAAUGAGCAAGAACUCCCUGGAGGAGAAGAAGCCCACAGAGGCUCCACCUAAAGUACUGACAAAGUGCCAGGAAGAAGUCAGCCACAUCCCUGCCGUCCACCCGGGUGCGUUCCGUCCCAAGUGCGACGAGAACGGUAACUAUAUGCCACUCCAGUGCCACGGGAGCACUGGCUACUGCUGGUGUGUGUUCCCCAACGGCACUGAGGUCCCUCACACCAAGAGCCGCGGGCGCCAUAACUGCAGUGAGCCACUGGACAUGGAAGACCUGUCUUCUGGCCUGGGAGUGACCAAGCAGGAACAAGUCAUGUGAAGACAGAGGCCAGCUCUGCACAGCGGCAGCUCCCCUGCGCCUCAGCCCUUCUUACAUUCCCUGUCAUCACAUCCUGUCUCCCUGCACCCUGGGGCUUGAGACUGGUGUCUGCUUCACCGUCCCUGGAUACGGCAAAUGAAACCACAACAGAAUAACACUGGAGGGCCUUGCUACCUACCCCUAUCUAAAGGGAGCCCCAUUUCUAACUCAUUAGCAGUCUUUAAUGUGGGGCUCUGAGAUACAGGGCCGCAAACAGGGAUAAGGGAUGCUCUACCUGUAACCUAGGCUGGACACAUUCGCUGUCUUCUCCUCAAGGAAGAACCCAAGCCCCCCUUCCUCACGUCCUGCUGACCCCUCCCCCCAGGUGCCUUGCUCAGCCAAGCUUGUCAGCAGCCUGUAGGAUCAUGGUUCCUGUGACAAUAAAAGGUAGAAAGUAGAACAUU